UUCCAUAGAUUUACCCCUAUCUCCCCAACCUAUGAUCCGAUAAUGAAUCCUUGCCUAGUCUAACCUGCGUUGACUUUUAUUAUUAUUUGAUCCAAUUUUCGUACAAAGGCAACUAAAGAAACAAAAUGACGGACGAAGUUUCAUCCAACAUAAGUGAUACUGUACUUCAUAAAAUCUUGGAAUCUGUCGAAGCCCUGAAGAAGGAUCAAGAGUCGUUAGCUUUCAAGCUUGAUUCGUUUCAAGCUCAGAACAAAGAAGAAUUGAAAAAACUUCAAGAAAAACUUGAUCCUACGACGACGAGAAUUUCUAAAACAACAGUAAUUGCAAAUAAAGUUGUUGUCGAUGAGAAGGAAACAGAAGUAAUACAAUCGAAAGCGAGUUUAGAGCCCAGUAGCGAAUCAAAUAAGCAGUCAAUAUAUAGCGAUAGAUUAAUUAUUCUCACAACAUAUCCUGAUCAGUUUGGUAUUAAGCCAAUAUCUCUUAAGUGGGGUGAAUUAGAUCCUAUUGUUCGUGGUCCAAUUGUAGCAUCUCGUCAUCCUAAGAGUAUUAAGAUUCGUAAUGCUAUUGGCGCUUAUGGAGGUACAUAUUGUGUCUAUCGCGCCUUGGCAGUCGCUAUGGGUGCACUUGACCCCAAUCAUCAUCCUGAUUUUAAAAAUACAGAACCUACGGUAGAAAUAGGACCUCAUCCACAAUGGGGAAACGCUGAUAGAAUUGUUUCAUUCGAUCCCUUUGGUCAUAUUGCAACUACUUGCUUUGCUAAUCAAAUUUCUCAAGGAAUCGAUAUUCGUCCAACCAUUGCUAUUACUAGAGCACAUAUGAAAUUAGCAGAAAUUGAAAAUUGUGUUAAAGAAGGAAGAUUACAGAUAGAUGGCAAAGUUGUUUUGAACGACACCGGAGAAUUGAAUGUUGUAAAAGCUGCAGUUGAGCCUGUAUGGUAUUUGCCAGGGGUAGCAGCAAGAUUUGGCAUUGACGAAGGAUUAUUACGCCGUGCACUUUUUGAAGAUACCGGUGGGAUGUAUCCGGAAUUAGUUACACGUCCGGAUCUUAAAGUAUUUUUACCUCCAAUUGGGGGUCUUAGCGUGUAUAUUUUUGGGAAUCCGAAAAAUGUAAGCGAUGCAUCUAAGAAACUGACAGUGCGAGUACAUGAUGAAUGUAAUGGAUCUGAUGUUUUUGGAUCCGAUAUUUGUACUUGUCGUCCAUAUUUAAUUUUUGGUAUGGAAGAAUGUGUAAAAGAAGCUCAGAAUGGCGGAUCCGGAGUUAUAGUUUAUUUCCGUAAAGAAGGACGCGCUCUUGGUGAAGUUACAAAAUACCUCGUGUAUAACGCCCGUAAACGUUCCGCGGGGGGUGAUACUGCGGAUAAUUAUUUCUUGCGUACAGAGAAUAUUGCCGGUGUUAAAGAUAUGAGAUUUCAAGCGUUGAUGCCUGAUGUGUUGCACUGGCUGGGAAUCACCAAGAUUGACCGAAUGAUGUCAAUGUCAAAUAUGAAAUACGAAGCUAUUGUUGGAUCUGGAAUCGCUAUUCACGAACGCAUACCAAUCCCUAAUGAACUGGUUCCACCAGACUCUCGAGUUGAAAUUGAUGCUAAAAUUGCAGAUGGAUACUUUAGCGGUGGAAAAGUCCUUUCCAAAGAAGAAUUAACAAAAGUUAGAGGGAGAGAAUGGGAUGAUAUUCAACACUAAUCUAUAUAUGUACCGAAUUUUAUCAUUAUGAAGUGUUUAUUUAAUAUUUUUGUAAUAUCAAACAUCGAAGAGUAUAAAUAAAUAUAAUUAAUCUUGAUCCGGUAUGCCAUAACGGCUGUUAGUGUAGAAAAAAGAAUUAGAUAAAUAAUUAUACAUAAUUG